UAUUAUUAUUAUUGUUAUUAUUAUUAUUAUUAUUGUUAUUGUUGUUUUUAUUAUUAUUAUUAUUAUUGUUUUUAUUAAUACUGUGUUCCGGCCAAAGCUCAGGCUUACGAUCCUUCGUUUCAAACGGCUUGAGGAGCUCGGAGGAUCUGUAAUAUUAAGCUCUUUCUCAAGUUUUAUUAAAUCGCUUUCUAUCUUUAGGUUAAAGGAACAUUUCAUCAUUUGGGGAAACACACUUAUUAGCUUUGUGCAGGAGACCGUACGGGGGCCGUUUGUUAUUCUGACGCACUGUGUAACUCCCCUCUAACUCUGGGCCGGGUCUGGGUUUAAAGCUGUGUCUGUGAUCUCUUAGCGCUGUAACCGGGACUUACCUGCUAGAGGUUAGAAGCAGCCAUGCUAACAGUUCCCCUCUGCUUCCGGUCAUUAUGCUAAGCUAAGCUAAGGUCCCCUGAGCCCUGUGUUUCUCUGAAGGCUCAAACUGUUCUGAAUGUCUGCUCUUUACUUCACCCAGAGGUAAACACAUGCCUUUGUUGUUGUUUACAGAUUGUGCAUGUUUGUAUGCAUGAGUGGUUUGAGUUGUAUCCCAUAAGUAUGAGGAGGUACAGGUAUUAACUUUGCUCCGCCUUCUGUUCCCGGGCUGAUUGUAACCCCUCCUCAGUUCUUCCUGUUUUCUGAGCUGAUCAAAGAUAAACCAAAGGAGAAUGAGAGCUUUCUUUAUCGUCAGUCCUCUGUCAGUGCUUCAGUCCACAUUGUGAAGCUGCUCUGAGUACUGAUCAGGUCCUCUGAUCAGGUCCUCUGGUCAUUCCUCUGCUCAGUCCUCUGGUCAGGUCCUCUGGUCAGUCCUCUGGUCAGUUCCUCUGAUCAGGUCCUCUGGUCGGUCCUCUGGUCGGUCCUCUGGUCAGUCCUCUGGUCAGGUCCUCUGGUCGGUCCUCUGGUCAGGUCCUCUGGUCAGGUCCUCUGGUCGGUCCUCUGGUCGGUCCUCUGGUCAGUCCUCUGGUCAGGUCCUCUGGUCGGUCCUCUGGUCAGGUCCUCUGGUCGGUCCUCUGGUCGGUCCUCUGGUCAGGUCCUCUGAUCAGUCCUCUGGUCAGGUCCUCUGAUCAGGUCCUCUGGUCGGUCCUCUGGUCGGUCCUCUGGUCAGGUCCUCUGGUCGGUCCUCUGGUCGGUCCUCUGGUCAGGUCCUCUGAUCAGUCCUCUGGUCAAGUCCUCUGAUCAGGUCCUCUGGUCGGUCCUCUGGUCAGUCCUCUGGUCAGGUCCUCUGGUCAGUCCUCUGUCAGUGCUUCAGUCCACAUUGUGAAGCUGCUCUGAGUACUGAUCAGGUCCUCUGGUCAGUCCUCUGGUCAGUCCUCUGUUCAUGUCCUCUGGUCAGUCCUCUGUCAGUGCUUCAGUCCAUAUUGUGAAGCUGCUCUGAGUACUGAUCAGGUCCUCUGGUCAGUCCUCUGGUCAGUCCUCUGGUCAGUCCUCUGUUCAUGUCCUCUGUUCAUGUCCUCUGUCAGUGCUUCAGUCCACAUUGUGAAGCUGCUCUGAGUACUGAUCAGGUCCUCUGGUCAGUCCUCUGGUCAGGUCCUCUGGUCAGUCCUCUGUCAGUGCUUCAGUCCACAUUGUGAAGCUGCUCUGAGUACUGAUCAGGUCCUCUGGUCAGUCCUCUGGUCAGUCCUCUGUUCAUGUCCUCUGGUCAGUCCUCUGUCAGUGCUUCAGUCCACAUUGUGAAGCUGCUCUGAGUACUGAUCAGGUCCUCUGGUCAGUCCUCUGGUCAGUCCUCUGUUCAUGUCCUCUGUUCAUGUCCUCUGUUCAUGUCCUCUGGCCUUAACAGAGUUCAUCAGCGAUCCCAGCAGGGGGUCGGAGGAGAGGCUGCUGGUUAAUGAUCCAGCUCGUGCAUCAAGAAGAACUUCCCUUCUCACUGUGAUUUGUUCUGGAGGCAUCCCAUAAUACUCUGAACAGCUUCAAGUAUCUGGAGCCCAAACUGCUGUCCAGAAUAGAAAUGCAGUUUUUUUUACGGAGGCGUUGGACUCAGACGAUGAACACACAGACCAUAAUAACUAGAGAACAAUGACCGGACAGACACAGAGAAGCACUCAGUGUAAAAUCUCAGUGUGAUGCAGGAAGUGUGUGGGGGGGGGGGGGCACACAUUGACUCUCAGAGAAUAACUUCUAUAAAUCAGCGGGGUCUUCUCCCCCAGGGGUCCGGAGCUGAGCACUGGUUGCUGGGAGACUGGGAGCGCUUUGUUCCAGCUUCUGUCUGCGGCCGAGCAAUAACCAGAAUACAUGGGUUAUUUUCAUUAAGGAGUAAUUAAUGAACGAUUAAAUACAACGAUCCAAACAUGCAAAACACAUCAGAUAAAUACGGCUAAAAGGAAAUGUUCAAAUCUAUAAAAAGAACUUUUGAAAAGGAUCAAGUAAAAUCAAUUUAAGAAAUAUAACUUUAAGAGAUCAAUAAAAAAUAACCAAAAUACUUUCACAAAUAAAAUACAGAAAUAUAAACCGUUAGAGACGUUCAAGAUGUGAACCAAUAAAUACAGUGUGUGUGUGUGUGUGUGUGUGUGUGUGUGUGUGUGUGUGUGUGUGUGUGUGUGUGUGUGUGUGUGUGUGUGUGUGUGUGUGUGUGUGUGUGUGUGUGUGUGUGUGUGUGUGUGUGUGUGUGUGGAUUUAACACAACACAGUGAUUGUUGAGGAGGAGGAGGAGGAGGAGGAGCAGGAGGACAGGAUGCCUUUGUGGUCUGCAGGACAAAGAGACGCUCUCAGUUUACAGUCCACUGCAAACGCCUCGGACAGCAGACCUCCACCCGGCUCCUCCUGGACUCCUGAUUUACUCCUGAUUUACUCCUGAUUUACUCCUGAGUUAUUCCUGUUUCUCCUGUUUCUCCUGUUUUUCUUGGUGCUCCUGGUUCCCUUGGUGCUCCUGGUUCCCCUGGUGCUCCUGGUUCUCCCGGUGCUCCUGGUUCUCCUGAAACAUGCCGCGCUGCCUCUGGCUCCUGCUGCUGUGCUGCGGGGCGCUCCCUCUGGGUUCUGCUCUGCGCUGUUACAAGUGUUCUGAUUACACGGGUCUCUGUCAGAACGUUCAGGAGUGUACGUUCGAGGACUCCUGCAUCUCCCUCAGCGAGAGAGGAGGGAAGACCAUCCGGCAGUGCCUCCGCUACACGGACUGUGAUAACUCCCGCCUCUCCCAGAUGUUUCCCGCUCUUUCCGGCUUCACCUAUCGCUGCUGCAGCUCCAACCUCUGUAACUCCGCCCCCGACAACGGGGUUCCCACAGCAACGCCCCUGCUAGCUGUCGCCGUGGCAAUGUCCCUGCUGAACGCCUGGUGGUGCCGGGUGUGAUCCAGGUCUACCAGGCUGGGGGGUUCACAGAGUUAGCGUGUCUGCACGGGUCUCAGGUCCAGACCUUCCUUUAUGCUCAAUAAACGCUUCAGAAGAGG